AUUUCACCAAGAGUGGGAAUUGGAAAUUUUUCAAUUACAACACUUUUGUUCAAUUCUGUUGGACUUGGACAAACUCUCAGAGAUUUAUCUGGUUUCUCCACAAUAACUACAUCAUUUAACCAUUCAACUGGUUCAUCUGUUUUGCAUAAAAUACCUUCAUCAAUCAAGUUAUUCAAUUUUCUAAUAUAAGCAUCCUUGAGCUUGUGUGGAACUCUAUUAUAUGUGACAGUGGCUGGGGUUACAUUAUCUUUCAAUUUAAUACUAUAAGAAUCAUUCACUUUACCCACCCCAUCAAAUACAUCACCAUAUUUAUGAAUGAAAUCAUCUUUAGUUUUCAAAUUAAUUGUGACCUGGUCUGAAUUUACGAUAGAAUUCGCAUUUACUUCAACAGCCUCAAGCCGAGCAAUCAACCCUAACCUAAAACAGGUCGACCUACUCAAUAGUGGUUCUAUGGAUUUCAACCCAUCAGAUGGUGUAGUAUCAUCAACUACAAAAAAAUCACUGAAAAUGGUGCAACCUUUACACUCAAAUAGCUGGGUAGCUUUAGUAAUAACCAACUUGGCUGAGAACUUAUUCCUGAGUCCAUUAUUUAAUUUUAUAGGAUUGAUAGCAGACGUUUUUUCUUUUGGGGUGAGCUUCAUAUCUGGAGAAGAUUCACAAGUUUCGGAACUAUCUGACAAGCUGGGAUGCAUGAUAUUAUUGCUUCUGUCACUGGCGUUUUUGUAUUAUACUCUCACAAAUGACGGCGGAAUCGGAUUAUUUAUAGGCGAUUUGAAAAAGUACAUAAAGAAGUGGCGAGAAGCUAGAGAGUUCAAAGCAAUGGCAUUGAGUUGCAUUUCGGAAUCAAGAUAUGAUAAGCCAGCAGGAUAUGAGCCACGACGCCCAAACCAAACCACCAAGCAACGGCAACGAAGGAAAAACACAGACAAACAUGUCUCUCCUAGAAGGUGUCAGUCUUCCGGGAAGUUCAGUGAUUGACAAUACUUACCAGCACCAGUGUUCGAGAAACAAUCGUAGCUGUAUCCAAAACAGCCUGUUUUGCCAAUCAUCAUUUGAUAAAUAGUGAGCUUCAUGAACUUUGUAUAUUUAUAUUAUGAUGCUAAUCCUGUACCCAUGAUAAUAUAUAAGAAACCGGAGAUACUUUAUAGGAUCCGGCUAUAGAGCCUCGUCUAUGAUUUUUUGAUUUCCAGACCUUGUAUAAGGAAAUAAAGUUACUGUAUUGUAGGACUACGUGUCAUACAUUACAAUCCAGGAAUUUACCAUGACAGAAAUGGCCUAGGGGUGGGCUUCAAUGCUAUAAUUAGGAUUAUUAUUAGUAUACAUUUGUAAGUUUGCAGUGACUACUGAUGAAAAUAGAAUGAACAAUUUAAUAUUUUUCAACAGUAGAAGUUAUGCAUUUCAAUUAUAUUUGUUUCAGUGGAGAGGUUAAGAACUUUAUUGACACUCAUGAGUAUAUAAGUAUAAAUUUAUACUCAAGUUAUAUAUAUUUCAACCUUUUGUGAAUUAUCUUUUAUUCCAGUCUAUGACUUAGAAGAUUUGUAAUUGAUAUAAUUCAUUUUUUUACUAUUGUCUAUGACAAUGACCACUCAACACAAUGAUUAUCAAUAGUUGUUUCUGCAACUGUUUUAUAAUGAGUGUCCUUAAAGCAGGAGUUGAAUGUGAGUUACGAAAUGAGCGAGCGAAGCGGGCGAGUGCUCACGUCUUCGUUUUCUCAGCUUUUUUAAGAACUGAUUGCAAAAAAAGCAAUUAAAAUUUGUUGCACAAGCCCAACUGAAGUAUAAAAAUGUUGUAUUGGAAGAGGUUGGAAAUAUAACGCAAACUUCCACCCGAAAUUGGCGGGUUUUAAACGUUCUCCCUGCUUUUUCUUGGCUUUUUCAAGAACUAAUUGACAGAAAAUGUUCGAAUUCGGUACAGGAGCUCAUUUAGGGUCUACAAAUAUUGUCUUAAGACGAACUCAAAAUUACACCAAAGACACACUCAAGAUAGGCGGCGUUUCUACUGCGUUUUCCUAGCGUUCCCCAGCGUUUAAAACUUGAUUUCUUUAUUCUGCGUUCUCUCAAAUUUUCCAAGAAUUAAUUAAGGGGAAAUGUUCAAAUUGAGUACAAAUCUCCAACUAAGAUGUACAGUGUUGUAUAAGAAGUGUGUUAUAACGGAAAAUUAUGCCCAAAAUCGACGUUUUUCCAGAUUUUUCUCAGCUUUAUCAAGAGCAAAUCAAAUCAAAUCAAAAUUUAUUUCC